AUGGAAACGACGAGGUUGGUUUUGUUUUCACUUGUUUUGGUUUUGGCUUUAGGGUUUGUAAGCGCAGGSAGCUUUGAAUACACUGAGGACGAUCUGGCGUCGGAUGAGGCCAAGUGGGCCUUGUACGAGAGGUGGAGGRAUCACCACAAGGUGCCGGAGCAAAGCGAUGAUGAGAAACAGAAACGGUUCAUCAUCUUCAUGGACACCGUGAAACGUGUGGACAACCAUAACAAGGCCAAGAAGCCAUACCUUAUGGAGCUGAACAAGCUGKCUGAUUUGACWWSMGAMGAGAUUGUACGCACGUAUACCGGCGCCAAGCUAGAUGAGCACCACCGGAUGCUUUCAUCAAGGGGCAAUUCCAGCCGUCUCAAGUAUGCUGAUCGCCACGAUUUACCAGCCGAGGUCGAUUGGAGACAAUUCAACAACGUAGUUGUUGCUCCCAAGAAUCAAGCCCAAUGUGGAAGUUGCUGGGCGUUUGCAGCGAUGGGUGCACUCGAAUCAGCACACGGUCUCAAAACCGGUAACCUAAUCUCAUUGUCGGAACAACAAAUUAUCGACUGUGACACUGAAAAGAACGGUGGAUGUAACGGAGGGGUACCUGCGUAUGCAUUGAAUUACGUGGCCAAGCAUGGAGGUAUGACGACAUCGGAAUGCUACCCUUACAACGAUCCUGCAGGACAAACUGUUUGCUGCGGUGCAAAGCUCCAAAAUAGAGUCGUACAUUGUCAAGGUUUUGAAGAUAUUCCCAUUGAUGACGAGCCAGCUAUGAUGGAAAGAGUUGCAGAACAACCUGUAUCGGCUUGCUUAUUCGUCUACGAAGGUUUCUAUGGAUACAAAGAGGGAAUUUACACCGGCGAUGACUGCGUAGGGGAACAGAACCCACAUGCGAUUAAUAUUGUGGGAUACGGAACAACACCUGAAGGAUGCAAGUACUGGAUAAUCAAGAACUCAUGGGGAGAAGACUGGGGAGAGAAAGGAUACAUGAGACUGGCACGAGAAGUCGGGAAUCCAAGGGGAGCCUGCAGCAUCACCAUGCAGACUUGUUUCCCGGUCCUUUAA